AAGACAAACAAGCCUCCCACAACUUUCUUCGUCUUUUCUCUCUCUCUUUGUCUCUUCACAUUUAAUUCGUUCCUCCGCCAUUAAAGCUAAAAUUCUGAAGCUGUUUUCUUUUCCUUCUGCUACACUUUAUUUAUAUAUUUCUUCUUCUUCUUCUUCUUCUUUUUCUUCCUUCUUUUGUCUGUCAAACUUUAUCCUUAAAUUACUACUAAAGUCUUUUUACAAACUGUUCCAAAGAAAAAAAAAAGUCCAUUUUCGUUUCUCAUGAUCAUUUGCAUUUGAGAUGUUUUGGAUUUGAACGAGAGAAUCUAGUGUUCAGUUCUGCUAUCAAGGAUUUGGAAAUUGUAUAUUCAAUGAAGUCCGGAACUCGGCUUGAUUCUUUGGUUUUUCAACUCACGCCUACACGAACUAGGUGUGAGUUGGUUAUAAUUGCAAAUGGAAAAACAGAGAAAGUAUCAUCUGGGUUGUUAAACCCUUUUCUUGCUCAUUUGAAGACAGCUCAAGAUCAGAUUAACAAAGGGGGUUAUUCAAUUACGCUAGAACCUAAUGCUGGUAGUGAUGCUUCAUGGUUUACCAAGGGCACUGUGGAGAGGUUUAUACGCUUCGUGAGCACUCCUGAGGUUUUAGAGCGGGUGAAUACCAUAGAAUCUGAGAUCUUGCAAAUUGAGAAGGCAAUUGUUGUUCAAUCCAAUGAGAAUAUGGGAUUGAUCACUGUGGAAGAGCCUCAGAGAAACGCAGAGGCGUCUCAGAAAAAGGUGGAAGAGCAUCAAGCAAAACAGCCCUUAGCAAUUGAAGGUAGCAAGCCUGCACUUGACUCUGAUGCAGAGAAGGCUAUUGUCCUGUAUCAGCCUGAAGCACAGACACCUCUAUCAGAUAGAACUACCACCCAUGAAGAACACUCAAGAAUUCAGCUUUUGAGAGUGCUCGAGACACGUAGAACAGUUCUAAGAAAAGAACAGGGGAUGGCCUUUGCCCGUGCUGUAGCUGCUGGUUUUGACAUGGAUGACAUGCCAUACUUGGUAUCAUUUGCAGAAUGUUUUGGGGCCUUACGUUUAAUGGAUGCGUGUUUGAGAUUUAUCGAAUUAUGGAAGGUAAAGCAUGAAACUGGCCAGUGGCUUGAAAUUGAAGCAUCUGAAGCUAUGUCUACUAGAUCAGACUUCUCCCCCAUGGGAAAAUCUGAGUUGGGAAUAGAGACUAACGGACAUGUUAAUAAUGAUGCCAGAGCAGAUCUGAGCUCAGACAAUGUCAGAGAUAAUAGGGCUUCGGUGGAUACACAAGUGCCACCAGGGCAGCACGACUAUAUUCCAUGCCAAUUUCAGCAUCCUAUGUACCCUCAAUGGCCUAUUCACUCGCCACCAGGUGCUCCACCAGGCUAUCAACCGUAUCCCAUGCAAGGUAUUCCGUACUACAAUUAUCCAGGAAGUGUCCCCUAUUUCCAUCCACCUUAUCCACCAAUGGAGGAUCCCAGAUUUCAUACUCCUCAAAAAAUGGGUCUGAAAAGACACUCCAUAGACAGUAAAGAUGGUAGUAUUGAAUUAGAUAAUUGGGAUGGUGGUAGUUCGAACAAAAGAUCUCAGGAUGGUUCGGAGGUUGAGAAUGAAGGUUCCCACAGGGAGCACUCUCGGAGAAAGUCUAGUCGAUCAGGUAACAAGAAAUCAGGCACAGUUGUCAUCCAAAAUAUCAAUUAUAUCACUUCGAAGAAGCAAGAUACAUUUGCUAGUGAAACAGAGUCUGUUUCUAGCAGUGAAACUGAUGAAGAGGCUGACGAUUUUGUGAUGAAGGAUAAGAACUCUCUGAGAGCUUCAAAAAGUGAAGAGAGGGGAACUAAGUCCACUGAUGCUUGGGAUUCGAGUGAUAAUGGAGCUGCAGGUUAUGGGCAAAAUACCGAUGGUGGACACUGGCUAGCCUUUCAGACUGCUUUGUUACGGGACGAUGAUAAAAAAUCAUUUGCUAAUGAUCAAGCCAUGUUUUCUUCGGAAAAGGAGGCUCAAGUAACUAGGCAGACAAAUGGAACAUGGCCUGACCCUUUAGUUCCUCAUUAUGGACAAGAUAUGAGUCAGGGUCAGGAACAUAGAACAGCGGAAUUUGAUGCAAUUAAUGGAAAACUUGCUCGCAUGUUGAAGACGUCAGAUGAUGGCUCUAUGUUCUCCCAGGGAGAGUUCAAUAGAGAAUCCAGAGAUGUGCAGGUGAGUGUAAAUUAUUCUGAAAUAGAAGGUGUAAGGGGGAGUUAUAAAAGAGGAGCUAGUGAUGACUUCGUGAUUCAUAGGCAAGUACAUUCAAAUUACGUUGAAUCGCUGUCUGAUCCCCUGAAUGGAAAUGGGCUUGAGCAUUCUGCAAAUAAUUUGGACGGAAACUCAUCAUACAAUGUAAGUGAUGAGUCGUUUAUAAUUCCUUUAAGGUCGAGCUCACAAGAUCAUUUUGGAACUCAGGGUCGAACUACAAUUUAUAUGGACUCCGAGCUUCCAUCAGGGCCUCAAAGUGCAGAAGAUUUGGGCAACAUGGGUAGAAACCUACCCAGCUAUGAACCAGAUGACUUGAGCAUGUUACCAGAGCGGGGGGGUGAGAGAGAGUCUACUGGUUAUGACCCUGCUUUAGACUAUGAAAUGCAGGUUGUAGAGGCACAGAGCAUAAGCAAGGAAGAUUUUGUGACUGUUGAUGAAGACCCAAAACAUAAGGAUAAAAAGUUGAAAGGUGUGCAAAGUAGUUUGGAGAAAAGGAGAGCCGAGGCAGCAUUGAGGAAAGCAAAUCCAUCAAAAUUAACCCCACCCAAUGACGCACAAGCACGAGCAGCUAAGCUAAGGGCCUACAAGGCUGAUCUUCAGAAAAUGAAGAAAGAGAAGGAUGAGGAAGAUAAGAAAAGAUUGGAAGCUUUGAAAAGAGAACGUCAAAGGAGAAUUGCAGCAAGAGGUGGUGCUACGGCAGCUGAAUCUACAUUGCCAUCUCAGCUCAAACCACGGCAACUACCAAAGCUUUCCCCAACGUCUCACAAGGGUUACAAAUUCUGUGAUUCCGAGCCCAGUCCAGUGUCUCCAUUACAAAGGUUGCCUACCAGAACUACGUCUGUGGGAUCUAGGGAUUCAUUAAAGAUAACUAAGCCGAAUAAAUUAAACAAUAGUGAUAGAAUAGCUGGUAAUGGAUUAAGCCGGUCAGUGUCAUCAAUACCUGAGCUGAAGAAAAUCAAUAAUGAUCUCACCGCUGAAGCAAAAGUAGCGACACGGCCAAUUCGAAGACUGUCAGAACCUAGAAUGAACAAAAGUCUGGAUGAUUCUUCAGGAAAGUCUCAAAGAUCCAAUCCAUCAUCAAAGACCAGAGUAUCUAAUGGGUCUGAGAGUAACAAGAUUACCGCGCUUAUGAGCCUUGACAAAACCAAGGCCGCCACUCUUCCAGAGCUGAAGAUUAAAACACCAAGAGUGUCCUCAAAUAUUCCUCAAAACAGACCAAUGGCAAAUGAAGCGAUGCAGAAAGCAAAUGGAAGCACGCAUGCAAUUACAUCAGGAAGUCGCAAAGUAAAAGGAAGUAUUGGGAAGAUUUUACAUGAAAGCGAUGUAGACGAUAACCCAGUUAUUGAGAAAGCUGUUGUGAUGCUUGAACGGGAUACCCCCCCUACUCUUGUUGUACAAGAAAUUGAAGAAAGGAUGAAGAUAAGGAAUGGAUCUGACAAAAUAGGGGAUAAGACUGAGGUGGUUCUAGAGUAUGCAGCUAUUCAUGCUGCAGCUUCACCACUUACUGCGGACGAUACUAUUUGUGAUGCCAGUGACCUCCAUGUGGAUGAGUUACCGAGUUAUCAAGUUCAUACGGCCCCAGCAGAUUAUGGAGGGGAAGUAUUGUCAAAAUUCUCGACCUUAAGUGUGGCAGAAAAACCAUAUCAAGCUCCUUAUGCUCGAGUGUCAUCUUUGGAGGAUCCGUGUACAACAAAUGUCCAGUACACAAAAGCUCCCCCAAGAAGCUCUGAAGCAACAGCAGAUGGUAAUGAAACUGUUAAGGCUCAUAUAUCUGAUUAUACAGCUCCAACCUCUGUUGAACAAAUAGUGGAAUCUUCGGAUAAUCAUCAUGGAAAGGAAUCGUCCAAAGGUUUUAAGCGGUUUUUAAAAUUAGGAAGGAAGAACCGUAGCUCAUCAAGUGACCAACGCAAUGUCGAAUCAGAUAGGUUGAGCACAGAUAGCACCCUUGCUGAUGAUCGCGUAGUAAGUGCAGCUGAACCUGAUGAAGCUCAUACUUUGAAGAAUCUCAUCUCUCAAAAUGAAACCCCAACAGGCAGCACUCCGCAGAAGGCUUCUCGCCAUUUCUCUUUAUUGUCACCCUUUAGGAGCAAGUCAAGUGAAAAGAAACAGUCAAGAACUUGAUCAAUGGGCAAGGGAUAUUGCCAUUGUAGAGUGGCCUCUACUGGUUCCAACUUUCUUGUUCAACAAUUAAAAUAUUCUUUUUUGCCUCUAUUUAUCUACCAAUUUUAAGUUUUUAACCAUAAUAUUCUUUAGGAGGCUGAAAGAUGCAUGGAGUGUGUAAGAAAAGAGUUCCAGAGCAAAAGCAGAAUGUAAUUUUUUUUCUUCUUUUCAAUUAAUGUACUCCCUGCAUGUUUCUUUUUUUGGGUAUGUCAAAAAAAUAGGCUUGUUUCCAUAUGUGGAAUGUCAAAUGUUAUGAUUUUACUACUA